AAGGAUUUUAAUACGAGAUGGUCGUGUGGAGGGGUCGGUUCAGUUAGCACGUUACUGGAGCCAACGCGGGUGCACCGUAGUUUUGUCAUGGCGAGAGAAUAAAGGAAAUUUAGAGCGUGAAAGAAAAUGGAGGAUCGCAAAUGGAAGCCGUCCGCAUUAAGGAAGAGGAUGAGAAACCGGGAUCGGGAUCUGGAUCGGGGUCGGAAAACACGGCCGGCGACGUGGCGGAACUCGGGUUCGUCCACGUUGUGGAGGAUCCCGACGAAGCCUCCGAAUCGAACGCGUCCGAAGCCUCGGGAGAGACAGCCGGGCGGGAAUCGGGUCUCCCCUCGUCUUCCGAAACGAGCGGGCCGGGCCCCGUCCCCACCGAUCAUGUCUGUCCCGACUGCGGAAAAUCCUUCCCUCACUUGGGGACGUUUCGUCGACACCUGCGAGGCCACUCGGGAGAAAAACCCUUCCCGUGCCCCGAGUGUGGGAAGACCUUCUGCCAGCGAGGCAGCCUGAGAGAACACCUCCGCACCCACACCGGUGAAAAACCCUACCGCUGCCCGGAAUGCGACGUCGGCUUCAGCCAAGCCCAGACUCUGAAGAACCACCGGCGGACUCACACCGGAGAAAAACCUUACCGCUGCGGCGACUGCGGGAAAGAUUUCAGCCAGCUGGGCAACUACAAGCAACACCGCCAGAUCCACUCGGAGGAGGACAAAAUCUACCACUGCGGGGAGUGCCGGAGAACCUUCCGCAGCUACGGCAGCCUGGAGGCCCACGGGCGGGUCCACAGCGCCGCCGGGAAGCCUUUUCGGUGCAGCCAGUGCGGCAACGGCUUUGCCAGACUGGUGACCCUAAAACAGCACCUGCAGAUCCACUCCGGGGAGAAGCCCUACCACUGCGUGGAAUGCGGGAAAAACUUCGGUCAGUCGGGGCACCUCCGGAGGCACCAGCGCACACACUCCGGGGAGAAGCCUUUUUUUUGCCCGGAGUGCGGGAAGAGAUUCAGCCAGUCCGGGAGCCUGAGGGAGCACGAGAGGGUUCACACCGGGGAGCAGCCGUACCAGUGCGCCCGCUGCGACAAGCGCUUCAGCCAGCUGGGGAACCUGAAGGAGCACCAGAGGGUCCACACGGGGGAUAAGCCGUACCAGUGCAUCGACUGCGGGAAGAGUUUCAGCCAGUUCGGGAAUCUCAAGGAGCACAGGCGGCUGCACACCGGAGAGAAGCCGUUCCGCUGCGGCGUCUGCCUGAAAGGGUUCUCCUACCACAGCCAGCUCAAGGGCCACAAGUGCUGCUGCGGGGAUGGAACGGGAUCAAGCAUGGAGCCAAUUCACAUCAAAGAAGAGGCUCUUGAUCCACAACCUGUAACUGCUUCAGAAGAGAUCUCUUCACCAGUUAAACCAGAAGAGAUCAUAACUGUCAUCAUUAAAAGCGAGGGAGAAGAAGAUGAUGACGAGGAGGAAGAGGAAGAGGAAGACACAGAAACUCAAUCCUCAACCGCCAACCUCCUCCCGGAAAAUUUGUCCCGGGGUUACCGCUGCACCGAAUGUGGGAAAAGUUUCAAUCACGCAGGCCACCUCCGCCGACACUGGAGAAUCCACACGGGAGAGAAGCCGUACGUCUGCCCAGACUGCGGGAAGAGUUUCACCCAAGCGGGGCACUUGAAAAAACACAGGCGGGUCCACAGCGGAGAGACACCGUACAGCUGCCCCGACUGCGACAAAACCUUCAAGCACUCGGACGGGCUCAAGCAACACCGCGUCUCCCACACCGGGGAGAAACCUUACAGCUGCCCGGAGUGCCGGAAAAGCUUCAGCCGCUCGGAGCUGCUUAAAAACCACAGGCGGGUUCACACGGGAGAGAAGCCGUACCGCUGCUCCGACUGUGGGAAGAGCUUCGGGGAUUUGUGGAAUUGCAAGAAGCACCGGCUCAUUCACACGGGAGAGAAGCCCUACCGCUGUGCCCAGUGUGGGAAAAGCUUCAGCCAGAGAGGCACCCUGAAGAGGCACGGCCGCAUUCACACAGGAGAGAAGCCGUACCGCUGUGCCCACUGCGACAAGAGCUUUACUUUCGAUAACCAAUUGAAGAAUCAUAAAUGCCAGACGCGCAAAAAGCUCUAUUUGCAGUCUGGGGUUGAACUCUCAGAAAGGCUUGCGCUCUGCCUUUGCAAAGAGAGAAGAAACGGGCUUAAGAUGGAGCCCGUACUCAUCAAAGAAGAAGACGAAACAGAACCUCUCCCCGUUACAGAACCCUCCGAACCUGUCCGGAUACGAGAGGAGCUCCCCAAGACUGUCGUCUGCAUCAAACCGGAAGAGAUUGAAACCGUGAUAAUAAAAGAGGAAGUCCUGGAAGAGGACGAACUCGAUCACUGGGAACGGCCCGCUUCGCACGCUCUUCAAACGCCAACGCUGCCGGUGAUUUCGGACCCGGUGAAGGACGCCAAACCCGCCUCUCGGGCCUCGCACCGGUGCUCCGACUGCGGCCGGACUUUCAACCACACGGGGAAUUUUAAGAGGCACCAGCGAAUUCACACCGGAGAGACGCCGUACCGCUGCUCCGACUGCGGGAAGAGUUUCCGCCAGUCGAUACACCUGAAGGAACACGUGCGGAUUCACACAGGAGAGCGUCCCUACGGCUGCCGGACUUGUGGGAAGAGCUUCGCCCAGCUGGCCACGCGAAAGGAACACGAGCGUCUUCACACGGGAGAGAAGCCGUACCAGUGCGGCGACUGCGGGAAGAGUUUCCGGCAGAUGGGGAACCUCAGGACGCACAGGAGGACUCACGACGCCGCGGCCGCCAAACCCUAUCCCUGCUCCGGAUGUCGGAAAACCUUCUCCCAGUUGGCCAGCCUCCGAGAGCACCAGCUGACUCACUCCUCCGAAAACCCCAACCCCGAAGGCCCAGCAGUCUCAGGCGGGGCAGGUCAACAGCUAACCCUCGCAGAUCAGAAGCCCUUCCCUUGCGGCGACUGUCCCAAAGUCUUCGCGAACGUCCGAAACCUCCAGAGACACCGGCGGAUUCACACCGGGGAGCGGCCCUACGGCUGCCCGGAUUGCUCCAAGACUUUCCGGCACUUGAACGGGCUGAAGAAGCACCGGCGAAUUCACACGGGCGAAAAACCCUACCCCUGCCCGGACUGCGAGAGACGGUUCAGCCAGGCAGAGCAGCUCAAGGAACACCUCCGAAUUCACACGGGAGAGAAACCUUACACCUGCUCCUGCUGCGGGGCCAACUUCCGCCACUUGGGAAACUUCCGGAAGCACGAGCGUCUCCACACGGGACCCCCGGUCUCCUGCCAGGACUGCGGGAAAACGUUCCGCCACCCGGACAGCCUCAGGAAGCACCACCAGCUUCACACGGGGCUCCGCAAGCCCUACCCUUGCGCGGACUGCGGGAAGGUUUUCGGGCAGCUGGGGAACUUGAAGCAGCACCAGAGGAGCCACACUGGGGAGAAGCCCUACCUGUGCCCCGAGUGCGGGAAGCGAUUCGCACAGCUGGGUUCGUGCAGGGAGCACCAGAGGCUGCACUCCGGGGAAAAGCCGCACACGUGCGCGGAAUGCGGGAAAAGCUUCCGGAAGCUGAACGCGCUGAAGGCGCACCGGCGCGUGCACACGGGAGAGAAGCCGUUCAGCUGUGAGGAGUGUGGGAAGAGCUUCAGCCAGCUGGGGCCGCUCAAAACGCACCAGCGCCUCCACACAGGAGAGAAGCCGUUCAGCUGUGAGGAGUGUGGGAAGAGCUUCAGCCAGCUGGGGCCGCUCAAAACGCACCAGCGCCUCCACACGGGUGAGAAGCCGUUCAGCUGUGAGGAGUGUGGGAAGAGCUUCUCCCAGGCUGGGCCUCUGAAAUUACACCAGCGCCUCCACACAGGAGAGAAGCCUUUCCUUUGAAACGAAUGCCAGAAGAGCUUUGCUUCCUUCAACCACCUGAAAACUCAUAAGUGCCACGUCUGAAUAGGGUCAUUAUUAUUAUUAUUAUUAUUAUUAUUUGAUGAUGAAUUAGUCAUUUAACAGACACUUUUAUCCAAAGCGACUUGCAGAGAUUAGUGGGGUAAACUCUACAUCAUCAACAACUGCUACUGCAGAGUCACUUCCUAUAGGAGCUCGUUUGUUUGACGUCUCAUCCUGAAGGACGGAGCACAAGGAGGUUCAGUGACUUGCUCAGGGUCACACACACACAGGGAGUCAGUGGCUGCUGCAGAGUCACUUCCAAUAGGAGCUCGUUUGUUUGACGUCUCAUCCGAAGGACAGAGCACAAGGAGGUUCAGUGACUUGCUCAGGGUCACACACACACAGGGAGUCAGUGGCUGCUGCAGAGUCACUUCCUAUAGGAGCUUGUUUGUUUGACGUCUCAUCCUGAAGGACGGAGCACAAGGAGGUUCAGUGACUUGCUCAGGGUCACACACACACAGGGAGUCAGUGGCUGCUGCAGAGUCACUUCCAAUAGGAGCUUGUUUGUUUGACGUCUCAUCCUAAAGGACGGAGCACAAGGAGGUUCAGUGACUUGCUCAGGGUCACACACACACAGGGAGUCAGUGGCUGCUGCAGAGUCACUUCCAAUAGGAGCUCGUUUGUUUGACGUCUCAUCCGAAGGACAGAGCACAAGGAGGUUCAGUGACUUGCUCAGGGUCACACACACACAGGGAGUCAGUGGCUGCUGCAGAGUCACUUCCUAUAGGAGCUUGUUUGUUUGACGUCUCAUCCUGAAGGACGGAGCACAAGGAGGUUCAGUGACUUGCUCAGGGUCACACACACACAGGGAGUCAGUGGCUGCUGCAGAGUCACUUCCAAUAGGAGCUUGUUUGUUUGACGUCUCAUCCUAAAGGACGGAGCACAAGGAGGUUCAGUGACUUGCUCAGGGUCACACACACACACAGGGAGUCAGUGGCUGAGCCGGGAUUUGAACCUCCUGGUAUGAAGCCGCUUUCUUUAACCACUGAGCCACCAAGCCUCUUUAUUUCCUGUCUGUCUGUAUACCCGCUGUUGGGUUUGGCUUCUCUCUGGUGUGGGGCGUGGACUUGAGUCCUUCCAUUACUCUGGAAGUAAAUUGCAGUUACAAGACAGGGAUGGAAAUAAGACUCCCGUUGCACAGCAGUGUGAUCCAUUCCUGGUUUCACUAGGAGUUUAAUAAUAACACCCACCUGAGCUUGUUACCUAGACACACUGGGGCUGAUCAAGCUGGUAGUAAAACCUGGACUGGGUGACACUGCUGUGCAAUAGGAGUCUGAUUCCCAGCCCUGCAAUGUGAUUCCAGUCCAGUCCAGUCUAGUGAUGUUAAUCUGCAGUUACAAUGUAAUUCCAGUCCAGUCUAGUGAUAUUAAACUGCAGUUACAAUGUAAUUCCAGUCUAGUCUAGUGAUAUUAAACUGCAGUUACAAUGUAAUUCCAGUCCAGUCUAGUCUAGUGAUAUUAAACUGCAGUUACAAUGUAAUUCCAGUCCAGUCUAGUCUAGUGAUAUUAAACUGCAGUUACAAUGUAAUUCCAGUCCAGUCUAGUCUAGUGAUAUUAAACUGCAGUUACAAUGCACAGCAGUGUGAUCCGGUCUUGGUUUCACUGGGAGUUUAAUAAUAAGACCCACCUGAGCUUGUUACCCAGACACACUGGGGGCUAAUCAAGCUGGUAGUAAAACCUGGACUGGGCGACACUGCUGUGCAAUAGGAGUCUUAUUCCCAUCCCUGCUGAGUUACAAAUUUCAUAACUAUGAAACAGUAAAUAAUACUAGAAAUACUAGAAGCAGCUAUAUAUAGUGAGUUAUUUAUUUAUUUAUUUAUUUAUUAUUUUUAAGUGAGUUUUGUGUAGUAUUUCUGGGCACCACGGUAUGUGAAACAGGUCUUUAUUCAUUAAUAUUUUGACCUGUGAUCGGAAAAGAACUGUGUGUAUUGCAUGACUUUAGUUACGUAGCGUUUGCUGUCAGUGUCCUUGUCUGCUGGAGUUAAAUAAAAAUCCAUGCGCAUUA